CAAGCACACAAAACCAGACUCACACAAACCGAGUCGAGCCGGAGUCAGUAAGUCGGAGUCAGUGAUGUUUCAGAUUCUGCUGAGGAUGAUAUCCAAAACAUCACCUAUUGCUCAUGUAACCAUGUAAAUACCCAUACAUGUACUCAGGAUCCACAGCUGUGUGUGUGCACGAAAACAUGUCUGAUUUGUGGACAUAUCCGGCAGCUUCUUCUCCUUCCAUCAUACAUCAGUCCUCUCGGUCCAACUCUCUUCCUCCUUUCGCCACCUCCUUAUUCAGGAACCAUGGAAGCCUUUCUCCUGGCAAGGUGACCUCCCCUCAUAUAUAUCCACCCCAGAAUACCUCCCCUCAUAUGUGCCCGUCACAGGUAACCUCACCACACGUCGGACUACAGACCCAGGCAUCCUUGUUUCAGUUUCCCCAAUCCCAAAUGACCUCCACACACCUCACACAGCCCCAAGUAACCUCCUCCCACCUUUCACCACAAAUGGAGUUGUCCCCCUCACACCUCUUCUAUCAGCCCCAGAUAACCUCUCCUCACCUCCCUUCAGUCCAGGUCAACUCAACCUAUCACCUUGGUUCUCCUCAAGUGAACUCCCCACUCCUCCACAGUCCUCACAUUGCCUCCCCUCACCUUACUCCCCAACCUCAGCACUUCCUCUACAACCAAAAUCCUGAUCCAGAAUUAGAUUAUGCAGACUGGAACAAGUGUGAGGCCUCCUCAGAUCUUUCAUGUUAUCUCAACGGAAGCAGUUUUUCCUACCAGAAUCAGUCGCCAUCCUCCCUGGAUAUCCAUCUUCAGAACCAGUACAAUACCAGUGACACCCCCCAUGCAGAUGAAAUGGAGAGAACAAACAAAGCCUAUAGCACUCACACAAUUCAUGCCAGUGGCAUGUUGGAUCAGAGUGACCCAGCUGGUCAAGCCCAGCACACAUGGGACUCUAUGUCACCAACCUUGUCCCAGGUGCAGUGCAUUCCUCUAGGGUCCACAUCUGCAGGAGAUGCCAUGGGGAGAUGGAGCUCUAUUGAGGUGAGCUCAUCCCAUACCGAGGACUUUCCCAACAACCAGUUCUACCAUGAAAGUUACCAUGGAAGCAACACCCAGCAGCCCUUCUGUAGCCCAACAACCCCUGGUCCAAGUCCUCAUUACCCUCAAACCCCAGCUGUCUCCAGUCCUGGUCCUCAAAUGCAUCCCAGGACAGACCGGACAGGUUGUCCUAAACAAAUGUCCAAACAGGGGAACAGAGAUCCCUCCGCAGGUCUUUCACUGAAUGACACCAGCAGCUACUUUCAAUCCUCAGACAAAGCUCAGCAACAUCCUCACCAGAGAACCCAACAUCACCUACAGAGUCAAGGUGAACUGGCUGAGGAGGUAGCAGUCGGCAGCCUUGAAACCAGCUUCUCCGCUCAGGAAAGAGGGCAACCUAGCAGUAGUUCUGGUCUGACCCAGGGCCUCUCUGCUGGUCAGAGCUGUAAGGAGGAGUGUGGAGGAGGAAGAAGAGGACCAAGAAAAGGGAAUGAAAGCCAACCAGACUGGAACUGGGUGAAACAGCUGCCGCCUUUAAGAGCCACUGGACUUCUGGACUCUAGGUGCCGACUCCUGUGUACAGUGUGUAACCGCGACUUUAAGAGUUUGCCAGCAUUAAAUGGUCACAUGCGAUCUCACAGUGGCUUCAGAUCACCGACACGGCUGAAAAAGGAUAUCUCCCCACGCACUAAAAGCCCAGUGUCUAUUGUGAUGCCAGUCUCGGUGCCUGUCCAAACCAGAGGAAUGUCUGGGAAAGGCUACAUCCCCACUCCAUCCAGCAGGGGAGCUCUGCUCUACCGCAGCCUAAUGCAUCUGAAGGAGCAGGAAGACUUUGGCUCUACGGGCAACCAGGACAGUGACAUGGUUACAAAGGCCAAUUUAGGUCACUACACCCCUCCUCCGAUGCUAUGCCCUGAGAGAACUGGGCCAGGACUGUACUGCUCCCUCACCAUCAGGAGGCAGCAGAGAGCAGAGAUGAUUCAGCUACAUAAUAAUUUAGCUGAUCCUGUUGCUUUGGCAACAGCCUGUCCUUCACCCGAACAGCUAGCAUCAGGAAACAUCAAACCGCAUAUUAAUUUUGGGAAGAGCUCCCAGGCUGAGAUCCCACCUUUACGAACUAAAAAACAUGCCCGGUCUGACUCCCACAAUGCCCUGUUGCUGUGGACACCGUUUGAUGAGCUGGAGCGUCCCGUCAAUCAGCAAAGAGUGGAGGCUCUGCUAAUGAUGGCUCGGUCCAGUGUGGUACCAGGAGCCCGGGCCAGUCCAGAGUAUGCACUCCAACUGCUAUCAGAGUGCAAAGGAGACUUUCUGCUGACGGUGGAGAAGAUGUUAUCAAACCCUGAAACCUCCACCAAGCAGUCCGGUGUUUGGUGGAGCCCAUCAGAGAAGAAGCUGCUGCUUAAAUCCCUGCAGAUCCAUCACAAAGACUUCAGCAGUAUCCAGAGAGCUGUUCGGUCCAAGUCCCUGUCUGAGUGUGUCGAGUAUUAUUACCUCUGGAAGAAGAAGCUGAGUCUGGGUAUAAAGACCCCAACUAACCUGACCAUCAGUCUGCCUGAAGCAAAUCGUCAAAAAGCGUCACAAUCCCAGAAAGCCUCAUGAAGCCAGGGACCAUCAACCUCUCGGGAGACACACUACUUAACAACAUAAACCCACACAUGUAGAUUUAAAAAAAAACAACGUUAUAUGUAAGACAUUUUCUUCCGGGUUCGUUGCUUAAAUGUAGUUCACCUAGGUAAUGUGACAAUGUUUAAAAUGAGAACAUCUGUAUUUAUCCCAGAUGAACUAUUGUAAUCAUUAAUCAGUUUAAAGGGAAACUUCACCAGAAAGCCUUAGUUUAAUGUCAGUGGACUGUAGCAGCUGAUAUGUGCCAUAUAUAUUUCUACAAAGUGGUCUUUUUUUCUGUCAUGACAAUUUAAUAAAGCAGCCACAUGUGGACAAACAAG